AUGCCAUUCUGGAAUACUACCUUCCUAACCAACGAUCUCUCCAAGCAAACCGCAAUCUUCGGCAUCCGCCUCUACAUUUUCAUCGGAAUCUGCGUCGGAGCCGCCAUAGUUCUGGUCCUAUUCCUCCUCUCCCUCUGCUUCCUCUUCCGCCACCGCAGCCGAUCCCUCCCUCCCCCUUCAUCUUACUCAUCCUCCCGCAAACCCCUCAAACUCUUCCUCCGAGACUUCACCCCUCCGAUCUCCAAGGAAAUCCUCGACAUCGUCCGUCACCGCCCUGCAAACUCCGCUGCGGCCCCUCCAAUCGCUCAGAUUGAGGUCUCCUUCCGCAAGGAUGACCAAAUCGGGCUGAUCUCCGACCACCAGCGAUCGAAUGCGAGCGGGAAGAGCAUUCGCGGUGCCGCCGAUCGCUUGGCUUUUGUUAAAGGAUUAGUGCGCCCGCCGGAUGUUUCGCAUCUUGGAUGGGGUUACUGGUACACGCUCCGGGAGCUCGAAAUGGCCGCCGGAGGUUUCGCCGAUGAGAAUGUGAUCGGAGAAGGGGGUUAUGGGAUCGUGUAUCGCGGAGUUCUGGAUGAUGGGUCCAUCGUAGCGAUCAAGAACCUGCUCAAUAACAG